UUACCUUACUUUUAUUGUUUACCGGAAACGAUCUAAGGCAUCAGUGCCAACCUCGUGGGUUCCAGAACCCAGCUUAUUUUACUGCAUUUAAAGCCACCUAUGAAUUUUUCACCCUCUCCGGGGGUUUGGAUGCAAUAAACUCAUUCAACAUUGCACAGUGAAAAAUUCAUAGCCGAGCUAGUGAUUAAUUGAAUGGAAAAAUCAACGACAAACAUCAGCCAGAUAAGUCCACCUACAGCCAUGUCUUCAGGGAGAAGGUCUUCCUCCAUAGCUUCAGAGCUAGCCAGACACCGGGCCAAAUUAGAAGCAGCAAAAGUGCAGGAUAAAUAUGUGCAACAAGAAUUUGAGAUGGAGAAACGGAAAGCUGUACUUGACCAUGACCUUAAAAUUCUACAGUGCAAGAGAGAGAUGGAGGAGGCACAGAUUGAAAUGAACAGUCUAGAUUAUUUAGAUGAAGUAUCAGAUGAGAAUUUUACAGAUAAAGAAUACAAAAACCUUCAGCAAGUCGCUCAAGAGAGAGUCGAAGAGUUUGUACAACAGCAGUCAGAGCUAAAGACUGAAUUGGAGAAAAAGGAACAAAGUGUCGUACCAAACAACACUACACUGUCUCCUAUGGCGCCAGCAUUUGUUCCAAAACAAGACUCGAGCAAUGGACCUAUUAAUGAAGUGUCUAAGUUCCUUGCGAAGAAAGAUUCAUUGUGGUGCCGACUCACAAAAUUUGACGACCGCCCAGAAUACUUCACAGGAUGGAAAACAAGUUUUAAAAACAUUGUGAGUGAACUGAACUUAACAUCCUUGGAAGAGUUAGAACUAUUGAAUAAGUGGUUGGGACCAGAAUCAGCGAGAUAUGCACAAAGCAUAAGGACCGCCAGUGUGAAUCCUGAUGUUGCUUUAGCCCGACUAUGGGAAAGCUUGGAGGACAGGUAUGGUAGACCUGAGAUGAUCGAAGCCGCACUGAAAAACAAACUUUCAGCCUUCCCGAAGCUCAGUAUUAAAGACAACAAACGGUUAUACGACCUUGUAGACAUUGUGUCAGAAAUAGAAGCAGCAAAGGAAAUUCCACACCUCUCUUCGCUUUUCGCAUACUUUGACUCAUCAAGUGGAGUGAACCCCAUUGUGUCAAGACUCCCUUACCAAAUCCAAGAGAAGUGGACCAGGCAUGCAAACAGCUUCAAGGAAAAUCACUACAUGACUUUUCCACCCUUCCAUGUUUUCUGCAAAUUUCUCCGUGACACAGCACGAAUGAAAAAUGACCCAUCCUUUUACUAUGACAAUGUAAUCGAGAACGCCAAAGUUGUUCAGGAUGGAAAUCGACGAAAACCACUGUACCCUACAGGUACUUCAUCUGUCGCCACAAGGAAAACUGACACGAAUGCUUCGAGGCCCAUGGACAAGACAGAGUACACACAACUGUGCCCCUUACAUGAGACUGGCCAUUCAUUGAACUCUUGUCGUGCCUUCCAGAAGAAAACCGUUCAAGAGAGAAGAGAAUUCCUUAGAUCAAAGGGAAUUUGUUUUAAAUGCUGUGAAGAGAAACAUCUAGCCAAAGACUGUCAGAAAACAAUCAAGUGUAAUAUCUGCAAGGAGCCAGGACAUGCCACUGCCCUGCAUGUUGGGAGACGCGCAAGUGACACUGGAACCGACAGCCAGGUAAAGACAGUAUGUACACAAAUUUGCGGAAACGUACAUAAAACUAGCAAAUCCUGCGCUAAGACUCUCUUGGUCAACAUCCGCCAUGGAAACAACCCGGACAAGGUGCUACGAACGUAUGCGAUAAUUGAUGAACAGAGCAAUCGGUCAUUGGCAAACAGUGAUUUCUUCAACUUCUUUGGUGUGGAAGGUCCGGACAUCCAAUACGAACUUACCUCAUGUUCCGGGCAGUCUACUCAAACUGGAAGGAGAUCGGCAGGAUUCGUUAUCUCAUCUUUGGACGGAAAUUCUAGUCUUCGUCUUCCACCAUUGAUGGAAUGCAACUAUAUCCCAAACAACCGGGAUGAGAUUCCGACACCGGAGGUCGCGAGAUCUUACAGACACAUGAGAGACAUAGAAGAGGAAAUACCUCCGUUAGAUCAGAACGCAGAGAUAACAUUGCUGGUUGGCAGAGAUUUGCUGCCUGCUCACCAUAUUCUCGACCAAAGACUGGGAGACUCCGACUCUCCAUUUGCUCAAAGACUGCACUUAGGGUGGGUAGUGAUUGGUGAGGUAUGCUACGGGGCCUCACAUUCUCAGGAAUCUUUGUCCGUGUGCAAGACUUAUACGAGGACCAAUGGCCGAACGUCUCUCAUGGAAACUUGCGAAAAUUCAUUUCGACUGAAGGAAGCUGACGUAUUCGCUAAGACGAAGCAUGACGACUCACCUGGCCUCUCCAUAGAGGAUAAGAAGUUCAACGAUAUCAUGGAGCAAGGUUUUGAAAGAGAUUCUGAAGGAUGUUGGUCAGCACCGCUUCCGUUUAGAGAGAACAGACAGCUCCUUCCGAGCAAUAGAAAUCAUGCACUUCACAGAGCAAACCUACUUACUAAAGGACUUCAGAAGGAUCCUGACAAAAAACGGCAUGUCAUGGAAUUCAUGAGCAAACUCCUUGAUAAUGGUCACGCUGAGAUUGCGCCACCACUUUCUUCCCCAGAGGAAGAACAUUGGUAUUUGCCUCUUUUUGCAGUUUAUCAUCCCAAGAAAGGAAGCGUCAGAUGCGUGUUUGAUUCAUCUGCACAGAUUCAAGGACUCAGUCUCAACAGUGUUCUUUUGACCGGACCAGACUUGGUAAACAGCCUUCUUGGAAUCUUGUUAAGGUUUCGACAGUUCCAGGUAGCAGUGACAGCAGACGUAGAACAGAUGUUUUACCGCUUCUCAGUUCCAGCAUGUCACCGAAACUAUUUACGAUUCUUUUGGCACAAAGACAAUGAUGUAGAGAAAGAACUUACAGAGUACAGAAUGAAGAGACAUGUCUUUGGGAAUAGUGCGUCCCCAGCAGUAGCUACUUUGGGACUUCGCAGAACUGUAAGAAAUGCCGAUGAGGAUGUCAGACAAUUUGUGUGUAAAAACUUUUACGUUGAUGACGGCCUCAUAUCCGUAGAUACAGUUGAAGAAGCAGUCAACAUAGUCGCGAAAACGCAGAAAAUUCUUAUGGAGGAAGGGAAUAUCAGGUUGCAUAAAUUGGCUUCCAAUGAUCCGAAGGUAUGCGCGGCAUUUCCAAACAAUGACUUAGCCAAAGAACUCAAGGAUCUGAACCUAGAUUUAGAUGAAACACCCCUUCAACGGACCCUUGGUGUGAGCUGGAAUUGUCUACAGACAUGUUUACAUUUCAAGUCUCGCGUACUCUUCAUCCUUCUACAAAAAGGGGAGUACUUGCAACUAUUAAUAGCCUUUACGACCCUAUUGGAUUCCUCGCACCUGUUAUAG